AUGAGAUCGUUGCCACUGACUGAUCAAAUAGCGGCACUCGGGUACAAGCAGGAAUUGCGGCGUCAUUAUUCGACGAUUCAGAUAUUUGCUGUCGCCUUUAGUAUCAUGGGGCUUUUGCCUUCCAUUGCUUCUACGUUGGCGUUUUCAAUGCCCGCUGGUCCUGUGGGAAUGGUUUGGGCCGAUAUGGCAUCUGCAAUGCCCACAGCAGGCGGACUGUACUUCUGGACGCAUUACUUCGCAUCCGAGAAAUGGAAGAACCCGCUCAGUUUCCUCGUCGGAUAUAGUAAUACUAUCGGAUUGAUCGGAGGCAUAUGCUCAAUCGACUAUGGUUUCGCAAGCAUGCUCCUCUCAGUGAUAUCGCUUGUCCGCGACGGCAACUGGUCCGCGACACGACCUGUUAUCUACGGCACAUACGCAGCAACAGUCUUCGCACACGGCUUCAUCGCCAUCUUCUUUGCCCGGAUCAUGCCAAGGAUCCAAUCCGCCUGUAUCUUCCUCAACAUCGCUCUCGUGAUAGCAACUGUCAUCGCUCUGCCCCUAGGCAAAGCAAAGAACAGCCCGCCAGUCAACCCGGGCUCGUAUGUCUUCGGUGAGAUUCAGAACUUCACUACCUGGCCUACUGGCUGGGCAUUUAUCAUGGCAUGGCUGUCGCCUAUCUGGACUAUUGGCGCCUUCGAUUCUUGCGUGCAUAUGAGCGAGGAGGCGACACAUGCUGCUCGCGCUGUGCCGCUGGGGAUUAUCUCUUCCACUGGAUUAUGUGGUCUCCUUGGGUUUGUUUCGCUGGCGGUUAUUGCGUCUUCGAUGGACAGGAAUAUUGAAGGGAUCUUGAACUCGAAGUUCGGACAGCCUAUGACCCAGAUCUACUACGACGCCCUCGGAAAAAAUGGAGCCAUAGGCUUCAUGGUCGUGGUAAUGAUCGUCCAAUUCUUCAUGGGACUGAGCAUCGUCCUAGCCGCCUCCCGCCAAAGCUGGGCCUUCUCCCGCGACGGCGCCCUACCCCUAUCCUCCUUCUUCCGCAAAGUAAGCCAGCGCAAAUUCACGCGCUACCAGCCAGUCCGCAUGGUGUGCGGUAUAGUCGUCGCAUCGGUACUUAUUGGCCUUCUCUGUCUAAUCGACGAAGCCGCCGCCAGCGCCCUCUUUUCCCUCGCCGUAGCUGGCAACGACCUCGCCUGGCUGACGCCCAUCUUGGCGCGUCUGCUCUGGGGCGGUGAUCGCUUUAUCCCCGGUGAGUUUUACACAGGCAAGUAUCUCAGUAAGCCUAUUGGGUGGGUUGCGGUCAUCUAUAUGAUGUUCGUUAUUGUUCUUUCUAUGAUUCCUACUGAGGGGCCGAAUCCGUCGCGUGAGUUUGCACUUUACUAUACUAUUCCCUGUGAUUUUGCUGACUGGGUGUUUGAAGCUCAAACGAUGAAUUAUACGGUUGUUAUUAAUGGGAGUCUUUGGCUUGGGGCGUUGAUUUAUUACUAUGUCCAUGCCAGGAAGACGUACAAAGGGCCUCAGACUACUGUCAGUCCUGAGGAUGAGGGGAUGACUUUGGAGCGGGAUUCUAAAUGA